AUCUCCAGUCCAUAGCUAUAGCUACAAUGGAUCAUGGGUCAUUGUUCUUCAUACUCUUAGUGUUACUGUCAAUUACUAGAACUGAAGGAUCUUAUUGUAUGGCUAGUGAUUGCAAUAAUACCAGAUCAUAUCAACGUGGUGGGGGACUAGCACUGUAUCUAAGAGUAUGCUGUAACAGCAGUAACUUAGGACAGUCUGUUACUAUCAGUGAACCUGGUAUUAAUAGAUACAUUCUCUGUCCUAAAGUAUUACCAAAGUCCUGUCCUAAGGAACCACAAAAGCCUUGUCCUAGUGUAGUAACAUCAAACUCUACUCAAGCACUUCCAGACUGUAAGGAUUGGUACAGUAAUGGUAGUAUUACUAGUGGUGUUUAUACUAUUAAUCCUGAUGGAGGAACUCCAUUUAAAGUAUACUGUGAUAUGGAGACUGAUGGAUUCUCUGGUACUGCUGGGGAUGGUUUGUGGUGGCAUAAUGGAAGGAGAUUCACUACAAGAGAUAAUGAUAAUGAUCAAUAUGGAGAUAACUGUGCUCAAUUUGCCACUGGUGCCUGGUGGUAUAAUAACUGCUAUGAUUCAAAUCUUAAUGGUCGCUAUUUUAAUGCUUCAACUAAUACUAUAUAUGGUCAAGGAAUUGCUUGGGAAAAUUGGAAAGGACACAUUACUCUCAAGUUCUCAGAGAUGAAAACUCAUCGUAACAAUUAA